AUGUCGGAUGAUGACGACGACUACAUGUCCGCCGAGAUUCUGCAGGGCGUCAGUGACGCACCGGUCGGAAUCGCCAAAUCGCGAGCUCAAAAGCGGCAAUUGCAGAUUCAUUCGAGAUUCGAAGAAUCUCGCGAAACGUUUAAGCCAAAACGGCCUAUAAGCCAUGCAGAAAGAGGUAUGUACGUAUCUUUUAAAUAAAAUAACUUUCAAUAACUAAUUUUUGUGCAGAAAAAGAGCGCCGCGAUGAAGCUCUAGCCAAGCCGAUUGGACAAGAAUCGAAAGGAUUCGCUUUGAUGGCCAAAAUGGGAUUCAAACCAGGAAUGACACUGGGAAAGCAGAGAGAAGAUGAGAUUCGCAUCAGUGAACCCAUAGGAAUCGAUAUCAAAGGAAAUCGGAAGGGAUUGGGUCAUGAGGCGGAGGAAGUGCAAGAACGGAACGAUCGGGUCGAAGCGGUGAUGCAAAAGAUGAAAGAGCAGGCGGCGAAGCACGAAGAACUCAUCGACGACUACUCGAAACGAAGAAGGCAGGACGAGAAUGCGAAGCAGUUGGUGAAAGACAUUCGGGCGUGUCGGAAAGUGUGCGAAGAGCUCGAUCAUCGGAUCGAGAGGAAAGUGCCGAAAGUCGCCUGGUUUUGGAGAAGUUACAAAGUGAUAAAAGAGGACGACGCACCGAAAAGGUACCAUAGACAUCACGAAGAAGAAGAGGAAGAGGAGUACAAAUACUCGAAUGGACUGAAAGCACCCGUCGACCCAAAUUACGAUGUGACGAUGCCAUUGGAGGAGUUAGAGACGAUGUUUGUCACGAAAAUGCAAUCCCUUUUGUAAGAUCUAUUUCAGACUCCGAACGAUCAACGAGUACCUUCGAGACGGUCACUUCUAUUGCAUUUGGUGCGGAGCCAACUACUGCUCUCCGGAAGACAUGGCCGAGCACUGCCCCGGAGCCACCAGAAGAGCUCAUCACGGAGACGAUGAUCAUGAAUAA